AUGGCCUCUCUUGCAUAUCUCACUCCACAAUUAGACCGAGUACUUUCCAGUGCAGAUACCUACGACAUGGAUGUUCCUGUCGUCUCUGCCCUUUGUGAUCUCUUAGGCGCUCUCAAUACUCCAUUGCCCCAUGCUCGCGCCUUUCGUCCUUACGACAUCAUUGCGGCUCUAGGAAAACAAAACCAGGGAAGACACAACUCUCUAUUUUCGUCAAGAGAGCACCAAGACGCCCAGGAGCUAUUCCAGCUUCUUUCUGAAUCCGUCGCGAACGAAAGCUCUGCUGUCGCCAAAGAAAUCCGGCGGGACCGUGGGCUGGGACGUCUGACCCCACAGGACCAUCAGGAAAGUCGAGAUUUGAACAGGUCGGUGUUCGAUGGGUUGACCGCGAACAGACGAAGCUGUAUGAGGUGCGGGUAUACCGAGGCUGUUAUGCACUUCCCGUUCAACAAUAUGCAGCUUGCGGUCCCGACGAUGAAGAACGUGUGCAUGCUGGAGGACUGUCUGGAGGAGUACACGCGAAUAGAGCUUCUGCAAGACUGCGUAUGUCGCCGAUGUUCGCUGGAGGCAACUUCCUUGAGGCUAGAACAGGACGCGGAACAGUUAAAAAAAGCGGCGCAAGCCACACCUGAUCCAUCAUCGUCCAGAAAGAAGCGCGCGCGAGAGGCCCGGAAGCUGGCAGCGAAGGUCAAGGAGCUGCUGCAGACGGGAAGAGUGGAGGAAGACAUCAAGGGCGUGACAUUAGACAGGAUAAUCAGCCCCGCGACGAAGCAGUCCAUGAUUGCCCGCCCCCCGCCCGUGCUUGCCCUCCACUUAAAUCGCUCCGUGCACACCGCGUACGGCGCGACGAAAAACAACUGCCACGUUUCCUUCUCAGAAAUACUCGACCUCACCCCAUUCACGACCUCAGGUCAGCUAUCCACCGCACCAUCCCUCCCCAUCUCCUCCCCCCCUCCCGUCGCUGCGCGCACCCUCACUCCAACUCCCGGCACGUACAUCCCGCGCACCCUCUACCGCCUCGCCGCAGUCGUAUGCCAUUACGGCGUGCACCAAGGCGGGCACUACGUCUGCUUCCGACGGAAACCCCGCGGUCACGGCAAGCUCUCCUUGCCGCAGCUCGCGUGCCUGUACGGGUGCGAGUGCGCGCGAUGCACCAUGUUCGGCGGGCCUGUGCGCGACGACGACGCGCCGCCUCCUGGCCCGGGCCGAGGCUGGCUCCACAUAUCGGAUGACAAGGUGGAGGAGGUCGGGUUCUCGCAGGUGCGGCAACAGGGUGUCGGGGCGUUCAUGCUCUUCUACGAGCGCGUGUACGUUCCCCGCACGCUGCUCGGUCCUCCUCUUCCUCCUCCAGCAGCAACGAGCGACGUCGACUCGCGUGCGUCGCAGGAAACAGUGAUGCCGCAGGAGAGGGAACGGGAGAGGGAAGAUGGGCACCACGAGCGGGUGGGGAGUCGGAGUAGGGACGAGCGGGAGCGCUCCGUCGACCCCCGCGUCGUUCGCCGCACGUCCGCGUCCGGUUCGCACUCGACAGGCUCUACAGUAACCGCACGGCCCAGCGCACCGCCGAUGGAACGGUCAACGAGCGCUCAGUCGCAAGCCUCGACGACGACCACGGCGUCCGCCGCGACCGCGAAGACCACGCUCUCGACCGCGACCGCGCCCGCGGCGCCAGCUCAGCCGCACUCGCCUUCGCACCACCAUCGACCGUCACACAUCAACCUGCCGCCGCGAGACCGGAACCUGGAGGACGCGCAGCGGUCGCCUCGAUCUCCGCAGCCGCCGCCGUCGCCCUCGAAGCAGGCGCGGUUGCGGAAGACGAAGCGGCCGAUGGACGUGGGGCGCGAGCCAGCGUCGCUGAGGGCGUAG